CCCUAUCACACUCGGCCAAGACCCAAAGGAAAAGAGAGAGGAAGCUCUGCAACUCCACUUUCCAUAGAUGAACACGAGCUCAAACUCAAACAAGGAAAAAGAGGGAGUUUAAAGAAGGAAAAAGCUAGGAAAAAGUGUGAAAAUAAAGGUAAUAACCUUAUCAUAACUUUUCCUUUAAUUUUCUUCCAUCAUAGGAUAUAUAUAUCAUAUGAAGAACCCUUAGGGUUGUUAUACAUGAUUUAAGUGUGGAUUUAUGGGUUGGAAGAUGGUUCUAAGUCCAAGAACGGACUUAGAAGCCAAAACGACCGGUUCACCGGAAAAUAACCUUUUUGAGGUUAUUUGUAUUAAUAUGAGUUUUAUGAUUAUAAAACCUUGUUAGGCACUUGUGAAGGGUAUUUCGAGUGAUUUCACAAAGUUGGAAAAGUCGCCGGAGUUGACCAAAAGUCGCCGGAGUUUCACCGGAGUUCAACCAAGAAGGGUAGAACUUCAUAACGCUGGUUCAAGGUUGAAGCUAGAGCUUGCUACUUGCACCUUCUCACGGGUGAUAUCACAUCAGGAAGACGUGGUUCGUGCUUCCUUAUUUUCUUUCAAACUACCGAACACUUGCUCAUGGAUAUUUGUUCUACUAUAAACUAUUUUUGGGGCUUGCAUGCCCAUGUUGUUGGCCGGUUGUGGCCUAUGACUUACCGUUGAAUAUUUCCGCUAUUCAUUGGUUUAAAUGUGAUGUUGUUAUGUAUGUUUACUACUGAGUAUGGAUGGAUUAUUUUCUCGAAACACCUUGUGUAAUCAAGUGAGGUUGACUCGCGGGUGACGUCACUUUAUUAUACGGCGGUUGUACACGCGCUCGGAUUGCGGUCUGGGGCGUGACACUUUGUAGCUGAAAAAACAUAUGGGGUGGGACUUAGAGCAGGAGGAAGGGUGAAGACCAGUCCUACAGGAUAUAACAAAUGGUUAUCUGAUGGAGCUUCUAGCUCAGAUGAAUAUGGAGGUCAGCGGAAGUCUGAUCUCGGGGGAGAGUAUACGGUCGAGUCCAAGACUAGCAAGCCAUCACAGCAUGAGAUUGAUGACAAGGAAGAGACCCCUGGAGAACCAAAGCGCAGAAGGAUUUGGGAUGGUCAGACUGAGGAGGGUGCCAAUGGUGAAGGAAUGGCUCUGGAUGGGCCAAAAAAUGGGGAAGGGGCGGGUCAGGUCCCUUAGACCCGCCGUGUCUUCCUUGGGUGAUGGUGGUGAAGAGAACUAGUAAUGGUGUCUUUCUUUUUGUCUGCUUUGGUUACUUUAAUUUAGGAUGUUUUGUUAUGUUUUUCUUUUGUGUUUUCAUUCCUUGUAAGACUCUUGCAUUAAGGUUGGGGGAAGGAAAGUCUGUGGCAAUCGUCAUUGGCUUUAAGUUGCCCAAUUUUGGUCUAGCGAGUUAUACUGUUUUUUUACAGGUGGUUAACUCUCAGUCUCAGCCACGGGCGGAUGGUUAUAUGUGGUUCUUUUCUAGUUUUGUACCCUUGCUGAAUGCUAUUUUUAUGAAUUAAGCCUUCUUCGAGCAAAAAAACAAUUACUCUUUUUAAGAUAUUUUAAUCACUAAGAGCAUUUGCAAACAACAAUGUAAUAAUGCAUAUCGUGUAUAUGACAUCAGAUGUAUAAAAUCA